CUCGACUCUCUCUCCCCCUUCCCUCUUCGACCCUUAUCUCUCUCCCCCCCCUUCCCUCGCACUCUCCUCUUCGCUUCGCAUUUCGCUUCAAUCCCACAUUUUUCUCUUUAAUCGAGGAAUUUCUUGUGUUCUUCGACAUAUCUCUCUUUCUUGUUUUCGAUUUUGAAGAAAUUUAGUCCUAGAAUCUUUCAAUCUUCAUGAUAUGCUAGUGUAAUCUGUUUCUAGUUUUUUUAAAGUAUUCGAAACCCUAACCCUAGUUUUCAUUUUUCCAAGAGCUCUUUGAAUAGCCAGAAUACGAGUUCUAACCGUAAUUGGCUUCUCAAGGUCGCUUUCUCUAACGUAACAACACUCACCGACUCAAAAACUUUUUCCUGGGCUGUAAAUGACUAUAGCAGAACACCAGAAUGGCAAUGGUCCACCUACAAAUGGAAAUGCUGCAGGUGGAAAUGCUUAUGCUAUUGAUUUGAAUACCUUUAGCAGGCGGUUGCAGUCCCUUUAUUCGCAUUGGCGCAAAAACAAAAAUGAAUUCUGGGGAUCGUCUAAUGUUCUCGCAAUUGCUACACCACCUGCUUCAGAGGAUCUCCGUUACCUGAAAUCUUCAGCUCUGAACAUUUGGUUGGUCGGAUACGAGUUCCCAGAGACAAUAAUGGUGUUCACAAAUAAGCAUAUUCAUUUUAUGUGUAGCCAAAAGAAGGCCUCAUUGCUUAAAGUGGUUAAAAAGUCGGCUAAAGAAACUGUGGGAGUAGAUGUUGUCAUGCAUGUGAAGGCAAAAAGCGAUGAUGGUACUGCUCAAAUGGAUGGUAUACUCCAUGCAAUUUGUGCACAGUUGAAGUCUGAUGGUUGUGAUGCUCUUGUUGUUGGUUACAUAGCAAGAGAGGCUCCGGAGGGGAAGCUGUUGGAGACAUGGGCUGAUAAGUUAAAGAACUCAAACCUUCAGCUUAGUGAUAUAACCAGUGGGUUGUCUGAAUUGUUUGCUGUGAAGGACCUUGGUGAGCUCACCAAUGUGAAGAAGGCUGCAUAUUUGACUGCUUCUGCAAUGAAAAAUUUUGUGGUUCCGAACCUUGAAAGGGUCAUUGAUGAGGAAAACAAAGUCAGCCACUCCUCAUUAAUGGACAACACAGAGAAGGCCAUCCUGGAGCCUGCCAAAAUCAAGGUGAAGUUGAAGGCUGAGAAUGUUGAUAUUUGUUACCCUCCGAUAUUUCAAAGUGGUGGGAAUUUUGAUCUUAGACCUAGUGCUUCGAGCAAUGAUGACUUUCUAUAUUAUGAUUCUGCCAGUGUGAUCAUAUGUGCAAUUGGAUCGCGAUAUAACAGCUACUGUUCGAAUAUUGCAAGGACUUUUCUUAUUGAUUCUAAUGAGAUGCAAAACAAGGCUUAUGAGGUUCUUCUAAAGGCCCAUGAAGCUGCAAUUGGUGCAUUAAAGCCUGGGAACAAGGUCAAUACUGUGUAUCAGGCGGCCCUUCCCGUGGUAAAGAAGGAUGCUCCUGACUUGGUUGGCAAUCUGACAAAAUCCGCUGGGACAGGCAUUGGUCUUGAGUUCCGUGAAUCUGGAUUGAGUCUUAAUGCAAAGAAUGAUGGAAUUUUAAAAGCUGGCAUGGUUUUUAACGUGUCACUUGGUUUUCAGAACUUGCAGACGCAGAGCAAAAAACCGAAGAGUCAGAACUUUGCACUGUUGCUUGCAGAUACAGUUAUAGUAACUGAUAAUGGUCAUGAUGUGGUGACUCGGUUGAGCUCUAAAGCUGUUGAGGAUGUGGCCUAUUCCUUCAACGAUGAUGAGGAAGAGGAGCAGCCAAAAGUAAAAGGUGAGUCAAAUGGCUUGGAAGGCUUGUAUUCCAAGGCAACACUCAGGUCAGACAAUCAAGAAAUAUCCAAGGAAGAGCUUCGUAGGCAGCACCAGGCUGAACUUGCCCGUCAAAAGAAUGAAGAAACUGCCCGACGACUUGCUGGAGGUGGGUCAGCAACAGGUGAUGGCAGGACUUCUGCGAAGCAUUCAAACGAGCUAAUUGCCUAUAAAAGUGUGAAUGAGCUUCCACCUCCCAGGGAAAUGAUGAUUCAAGUUGAUCAAAAGAAUGAGGCCAUCCUCCUCCCCAUCUAUGGGAGCAUGGUUCCUUUUCAUGUUGCUACUGUGAAAACCGUCUCCAGCCAGCAGGAUACCAAUCGAAAUUGCUACAUCCGUAUAAUCUUCAAUGUCCCUGGGACUCCUUUCACUCCUCAUGAUGCAAACUCCAUGAAAAAUCAGGGGGCUAUCUAUCUGAAGGAAGUUUCAUUUCGUUCCAAGGACCCGAGGCACAUAAGUGAAGUGGUGCAGCUGAUUAAAACACUCAGACGGAAUGUUGUUGCCAGGGAGUCUGAGAGAGCUGAGAGGGCAACUUUGGUCACACAGGAGAAACUUAUACUUGCAGGUAAUAAAUUCAAGCCAGUAAGGUUGCCUGACCUUUGGAUCCGUCCCUCUUUUGGUGGCCGUGCAAGAAAGCUGAGUGGUACACUAGAGGCUCAUGUUAAUGGAUUGCGGUAUUCAACUUCAAGGCUAGAUGAGCGUGUGGACGUCAUGUAUGGUAACAUCAAGCAUGCAUUCUUCCAGCCAGCAGAGAAGGAGAUGAUUACCUUACUACAUUUUCACCUCCACAACCACAUAAUGGUUGGAAACAAGAAAACCAAGGAUGUCCAAUUUUAUGUUGAGGUGAUGGAUGUGGUUCAAACACUUGGGGGUGGAAAGAGAUCAGCCUAUGACCCAGAUGAGAUUGAGGAAGAACAAAGGGAGAGGGAUCGAAAGAACAAAAUGAACAUGGACUUUCAGAAUUUUGUGAACCGGGUGAAUGAUCUCUGGGGCCAGCCGCAAUUUAAAGGGCUUGACCUGGAGUUUGAUCAGCCUCUGAGAGAACUUGGCUUUUAUGGGGUACCAUACAAAUCCUCAGCUUUCAUUGUCCCAACUUCAGGCUGCCUGGUUGAGCUGAUAGAGACUCCUUUUCUUGUGGUCACACUAAGUGAGAUUGAGAUUGUCAACUUAGAGAGGGUUGGUUUUGGACAGAAGAAUUUUGACAUGGCUAUUGUUUUCAAAGACUUCAAACGUGAUGUGCUCCGUAUCGAUUCUAUUCCUUCGUCAUCAGUUGAUGGCAUUAAGGAAUGGCUCGACACAACAGAUCUCAAGUAUUAUGAGAGCAGGCUUAAUCUGAACUGGCGGGAGAUAUUGAAGACCAUCACUAGUGACCCACAAAGGUUCAUAGAGGAUGGAGGUUGGGAAUUCUUGAACAUGGAAGCUAGCGAGUCAGAUUCUGAGAACUCAGAGGAUUCAGACCGAGGUUAUGAACCAUCAGAUGCUGAGCCUGAUUCGGUCUCAGAGGAUGAUGAUUCAGAUAGCGAGUCUCUGGUAGAAUCCGAGGAGGAUGAGGAGGAAGACUCUGAAGAAGAAAAAGGCAAGACAUGGGAGGAGUUGGAGAGGGAAGCAAGCAAUGCAGACAGGGAGAAAGGGGAUGAGUAUGACAGUGACGAGGAUAGGAAGAGGAGGAAGAUGAAGGCUUUUGGUAAAUCUCGGGCUGUUCCUAGUAGCAGUGCUCCCAAGCGAACGAAGUUUUCAAGGUAGAUGUGACGGAUGUCUCUCAGUUUUGUCACAUUCCGUAGAUUAAUGGCUUCAUAUGCUUGAAAGCUGUAAUCGUCUAACUUAGUUUUGAUCCAUCAUAGUUCUUUUUAUAGUUUUGAUCCAUCUUAGUUUCUUUUAAGGUCUUUUUUCUUCUCUGUCCCGUCUUUUGGGCACCUAGCAGGAUGCAUCUAUCAUAGAUUUUGGUUGUCAAAUUGGUGGCCUUAGUUUUAUUGGAGGAAACUUCUUUCAUGUGCUUAUUAUGUUUGUCUCUUGAAAGUUUUUUUUUAUGUAUAUGUUUGGGUU